AUGGGCUUCAAACCGGCUGAGUUCAAUGGAAGCACUGAUCCCAUGGUUGCUGAGGAAUGGAUUCAGUCCCUAGAAACAAUCUUUGAGUUCAUGCAAAUCAGUAAUGGGGAUAGGGUGCGGUGCACAACUUUUAUGUUUAGGGACGAUGCUCGUAUAUGGUGGCAAGGAGCAAAAAACAAGUUGGCCCGUGAGUUUCUAGAAAUCAGACAAGGUGACGCUAGCGUGACUGACUAUGUGAAGAAGUUUGAGAGGGGACGAUAUUUUGCUCCCAUGAUCCUUGGGAGUGCGACCAUGGAACUUAAUCAUUUUAUGGAGGGGUUUAAUGCUACUAUCAAGAGGGACGUGUGCCUUAGUGAAGCGACCACUAUGAGAGAAACUAUUGAGAAGGUUCUGAUGUCAAAAAAGGAUAGUGCUGACAUUGUAAAGGAGUCCACGGCCAAGAGGAACAACUAUGCUGGAAGAGAUUCGCAAAGACCCAACUUCAAAAGGCCUGUUCAACAACCUUUUAAUCAAUAUGCACCCCAACAGCAGACAAGGAACUCAUUCCAGGGUCAAAACUAUCAAGGUUCACAACCGCAACAAAAUCAACAAAGAAGGAUUCAGCCUGCUAAGCCAGCAGUGUCGGCCAAGGCUCCAACUAUGUCAAAACCAACCUGUACUCAAUGUGGUCGGUCUCACCAAGGUGAAUGUUUGUAUGGGACCAACUUCUGUUUCAACUGCAAGAAACAAGAAGAUCUUUCACGCGACUGUCCAUAG